AUGAGAGGAGAGGAGGAGGAGGAGGAGGAGAGGGGUGAGUCAGGGGCCGGCCCCGCUCCGUCAGCCCAGCCAGGGUGUAUCGUUGUGGGGUUAGGGUCCGGCCAGGCUUUCCUGGGCCUGCUAGAGGGCUGGAGGAAGCAGGGGGACUUCCCUAUCGGCGUGCCCAGCCACGGAGAGAGACGUGACUGUCGUGUAUCCUCUGGGGAGCCUCAACAACAUCAUGAUGCUGACGAGGCUGAGAAGAGUCUCUCCAAAUCAGAACACCUCAAGAAACCCCAGCGGAGAUCCACAGGGAAGAAACCUCACCACUGCUCUGACUGUGGGAAGAGUUUCACCUCUUCAACAGAACUUAAAAUACACCACAGAAUCCAUACAGGAGAGAAACCUUAUAGCUGCACUGACUGUUUGAAGAGAUUUUCUCAACUAGGGAACCUGACAAAACACCAGUUGACACACACAGGAGAGAAGCCUUACCGCUGCUCUGACUGUGAGAGGACCUUUUCAACAUCACAGCGUUUAAAGCUGCACCAGCGAACGCACACUGGAGAGAAGCCUUACCACUGCUCAGACUGUGGGAAAAGUUUAACCUCCUCAAGUGAACUGAUUAUACACCAGCGAACACAUACAGGAGAGAGGCCAUAUGGCUGUGAUCAAUGCGGGAAGCGAUUCACUCAGUCAUCAAACCUGACUGUACACAAGAGAAUACACACUGGAGAGAAGCCUUAUCGCUGCUCCAACUGUGGAUUGAGCUUUACUACCUCAAGCUAUCUGAUAACACACCAGAGAACACAUACAGGAGAGAAGCCUUAUAGCUGUGAUCAAUGUGGGAAGAGUUUUACUCAGCCAAGUCACCUGAUUGUACACCAGAGAAUACACACUGGAGAAAAACCUUACCACUGCUCUGACUGUGGGAAGGGUUUUGUUAGAUCAUCACAUUUAAAAUCUCACCAGAGAACACACACAGGAGAGAAGCCUCACCACUGCUCUGAAUGUGGGAAGAGUUUUGCUUUAUUAGACAUACUGAUAGUACAUCAGAGAACCCACACUGGUGAAAAGCCUUACCACUGCCCAGACUGUGGGAAGAGAUGUACUACCUCAAGUAACCUGAUAUCACACAAGAGAACCCACACUGGAGAGAAACCUUACCACUGCUCUGACUGCGGGACGAGUUGUUCUACCUCAAGCAACCUGGCAGUACACCAGAGAACACACACAGGAGAGAAGCCUUAUGGCUGUGAUCAGUGUGACAAGAGAUACUCUCAUUCAAGUUCUCUGAUUAAACAUCAGAAAAUACACUCAGGAGAUCCACAGAGUGUAGAAUGACCUCCGCCAAGACCUGGGUAGUUGAACACAGAGUGUGGAAUGAUUUCCAACACCAGACCUGGGUAGUAGAACACAGAGUGUAGAAUGAUCUCCAACACCAGACCUGGGUAGUAGAACACAGAGUGUAGAAUGUUCUCCAACACCAGACCUGGGUAGUAGAACACAGUGUAGAAUGAUCUCCAACACCAGACCUGGGUAGUAGAUCACAGAGUGUAGAAUGUUCUCCAACACCAGACCUGGGUAGUAGAUCACAGAGUGUAGAAUGUUCUCCAACACCAGACCUGGGUAGUAGAUCACAGAGUGUGGAAUGAUCUCCAACACCAGACCUGGGUAGUAGAUCACAGAGUGUGGAAUGAUCUCCAACACCAGACCUGGGUAGUAGAACACAGAGUGUGGAAUGAUCUCCAACACCAGACCUGGGUAGUAGAACACAGAGUGUGGAAUGAUCUCCAACACCAGACCUGGGUAGGAGAGGCCACUCUGUGUUCUAUCUUAUAAUUAAACAUAUUUAGAAAGCUGUGGAAAUAAAUAAAUUAAUGUUAAUAUUAAUUCAAACACGUUUAUUCUCUUAUACACCUUAAUACUUAAUAUUUUCAAAUUAUAUUAUGUGAGCUUAUAACAUUAAAAAAAUAUAUUAAAAUGUUUAAAGUAUAGUUGUUUUUUAAUAGAAAAGUACGAAUGUUACUUUACCUAACAAGCAAAAUACUUAAAUCCAUGUAAUUAUGUUAAAUCUAUGGAAUUAUGUUAAAUCUAUGGAAUUAUGUUAAAUCUAUGGAAUUAUGUUAAAUCCAUGUAAUUAUGUUAAAUACAUGUAAUUUUGUCCUUGGACACAUUUAACUGAACUACUGGUGAAUACCAUUCAUUCCUCUGGAUGACAUCACGGUAUCCAGGAGUUUAAUAUAUAAACAUUUAACUGAACUACUGGUGAAUACCAUUCAUUCCUCUGGAUGACGUCACGGUAUCCAGGAGUUUAAUAUAUAAACAUUUAACUGAACUACUGGUGAAUACCAUUCAUUCCUCUGGAUGACGUCACGGUAUCCAGGAGUUUAAUAUAUAAACUGUUGGUCCUCAGUCUCAUGGUACAGCGUAAAGUAUUCACCCCCCCAUGGCAUUUUUCCUAUUUUGUUGCAUUACAACCUGUAAUUUAAAUGGAUUUUUAUUUGGAUUUCAUGUAAU